CUGGUCGGAAUAUUUUUUAUCUUUUGGAUUCUGCUCAGUAAAAUUUGGUCAUCAUGGUGGACAAAGGACGUGAACCCCUGAAAAUGAAGCGGGCUAUUGGACUGGUUGGAGGUGUAGCACUAGUUUCUGGAACCAUGAUCGGGUCUGGUAUAUUCAUGUCCCCUCAGUUUGUUCUCUCCUAUGUGGGAAGCCCUGGCGCCAGUCUGGUGAUCUGGGCUGUCGCAGGAGUUGUGGCAAUGCUUGCAGCCCUUUCCUACGUCGAGCUGGGGACCAUCAUUCCUGAAUCCGGCGGAGAAUUCAUCUACAUACUGAGGAUCUAUGGCUCAUGCCCUGCUUUCUUUGCAGCAGUCACUUUUAUCCUGGUUGUGAAGCCUUUCAGCGCUGCUGCGAUGGGAAUCAGCAUUGCAGAAUAUGCCAUGGCACCUGUUUACCCUGGCUGCCAGCCUCCUCAGCUGGCUGUGAAGUGCACUGCGGCUGUCGCCAUCCUGAUCGUUGCCACAGUCAACAUCCUGAAUGUCCGCCUAGCUGUCAGAGUCCAAGUGGUCUUCUUAGUGGCCAAAGUUGUAGCUUUAACAGUCAUUGUUAUUGGUGGACUGGUGGAGAUCAUUCAAGGAAACAAUGUGAUUGUGGAAAACUUUAAAGUUGAGAAUUCCUUUAAAGGGACUCACUAUUCUGCAAGUGGUUUGGGAAUGGCGUUUUUUCAAGGACUCUGGGCUUACGGUGGCUGGUACAAUUUGAAUUGUGUCACCGAGGAGCUUAAAAAACCAGAGGUGAAUCUUCCCAGAGCUCUGUUAAUAGCCAUUUCUCUGGUGACUGGCUUGUAUCUACUGGUGAAUGUGAGCUAUCUGACAGUAAUGACGCCUAACGAGCUCAUGUCCUCCAGCGCUGUAGCAGUUACCUGGGGGAAUAAGGUGUUAGGCAGCUGGGGAUGGAUCAUGUCGGUGGCUGCAGCCUUGUCUGCUUUUGGUUCCUUAAAUGGGACGUUCUUUAGCGGGGGUCGUGUGUGCUUUGUUGCUGCCAGGGAAGGCCACAUGCCUGACAUUCUGUCCAUGGCCCACGUCCACCGGCUGACGCCAUCUCCAGCGCUGAUCUUCACCACGCUGGUCUCUUUGGUGGUGCUGAUCCCCGGAGACUUUCAAAGUAUUGUCAACUACUUCAGUUUCACAGCUUGGUUUUUCUACGGCAUCACCCUGUCUGGGCUCAUUUACCUCAAAAUCAAGAAGCCAGAGCUCCCCAGACCAUACAGCGUUCCCAUAGUCCUCCCCAUACUUGUCCUUCUUGUGGCUAUUUUUCUUGUGCUGGCACCCAUCAUAGAUGAUCCCCAGAUUGAAUAUCUUUAUGUGGCUUUAUUUAUUUUAAGUGGGGCUAUAAUCUACGUACCAUUCAUCCAUUUCAAGCUUUGCCCGGGACUGUUGACCAAGGUGACGGUGUUCCUGCAGCUGUUCUUAGAAGUCGCCCCAGCAGACAAAAACCUGUGACACACAGAGCAUUGAUGUGCUUGGUGAGAGCACAGAGUGGCUUCCAUGUCCCAAAAAAGAUCCUGCUGGAUGUAGGUAGUGUUUCGCAUAUCCAAGUGGGUUUUUGUUACUGAUGUGGGAUGGGAGACAAACUUAGCACUUCUCAGUCAUCACCGAGUUGGAUUAUGCCAUCUUUGUUGAUUCCGUUAAUUUCUCUGGGCUAAAAAAAAAAAAGUUUCAUUGGAUAAAUAAAUUAACACCGACCUGAAAUCAAAUGGGAAAGCACUGUAUCUGUGAUUACGCCUCCAGUAGUAGAUAAACCUUAUCAGUGUGCUUGACAUGAUUUUUUGGUAUCGACAUUAAUAUUUAACCAGGCAGCAUUUCAUAGUUUUUGUUGUCUUUGUUAGAUUACUUUUCUUUUUCUUUUCUGAACGCAGUGCACCGUAUGAGUGUUUCGUUAAAUCAUAUUUAUUUCUAUUGUUUAAUUAUUUUCCGCUCUUGCAUUUUUAUGAGUGUGUUUCAAAUAUAUUUUUAUCUGUGUAAAGCACAAUGUUUUGCUUAUUGCAUGAAAAAAUUAUCAAUAAAUGUUAGGAUGACUGGAAUGACUCGGUUGGCUUCAGUCAGCAGAGAAGGUAAUUCCUUUUUUCCCUUCUUCUCUCCAUUGCUCCAGAAAGGAUAAACUAUUUCUAUGUGGUUUCUAAAGGGGCAUAAUGCUACUGUGUAUUAAGGAUGUUUGUCAAAGCAAAUGACAAUAAAUGUGCAAGUUGGUUUGGAACAUA